AGCGACCCACACAGGGCCGACAUGUCCAAGUAAGGGUCUGCGCUGCUUUGCAGCAGCUAUUAAAAGACACUAACUGAUAAGAUGGGCUUUACAUAAAAACCCAACCCUGCAUCUCACCUUUGCUGAGUCCUCAUGCAGUCAUUCAGACAUGGCAAGUAAAAAGGCCUCCAACAAGAGACAGAGAGGAGCGCAGAAGUCCUCCUCCAAUGUCUUCUCCAUGUUCGAGCAGUCUCAGAUACAAGAGUUCAAGGAGGCUUUUGGCUGCAUUGACCAGGACAGAGAUGGUGUCAUCAAGAAGCAGGACCUGAGGGAGACCUACGCUCAGCUGGGGAAACUGAAUGUGAAAGAUGAGGAGCUGGACGAGAUGCUGAAUGAAGGGAAAGGUCCCAUCAACUUCACUGUGUUCCUGACUCUCUUUGGUGAGAAAAUCAACGGCACUGAUCCGGAAGACACCAUACUUGCUGCUUUCAAGCUUUUUGACCCAAAUGGGACUGGUUUCGUUAAUAAGGACGAAUUUAAAAGAUUACUGAUGACCCAGGCAGACAAAUUCACAGCAGAAGAGGUGGACCAGGCUCUCGCUCUCGCCCCCAUUGACCCCACGGGAAACAUUGACUACAAGUCGCUCUGCUACAUUAUCACACAUGGAGAUGAGAAGGAGGAAUCCUAAUGUUUUUAUUUGGAUGUUCAAAUCAAUAAAAGGUCAACCAAC